AUGCCUGAGACUAGGGUUCGACGUGUAGAUCCCCAGAUGUUGGGGGAAAUCACAUUCAAGAAGUCGGAGGAUCUCAUCGAUGAAUGGGACAUACAAUAUGACGAUACAAAAGAGGGUGGUGCCGAUGCCGAAACGCUGAAAUGGGCAGCCAAGGAACUUGUUAAUACGAACACCCCCGUUGCAUUUCCUACGGAGACUGUAUAUGGACUCGGUGCAGAUGCGACAAGAAGCGCGGCUGUAAAGGAAAUAUUUGCUAGCAAAGGACGACCGGCUGACAACCCAUUGAUCGUUCAUAUACACUCGUUACCCCAGCUGCGAGCGCUACUGCUGGGGAAACUAGACAUCGCGGGCGAUGGAAAGGAUGCUGGAAGAGAUCCCAUACCGAAAAUCUACAGACCGGUAAUCGAGCGCUUCUGGCCUGGACCGCUUACCAUUAUUUUACCGGCUCCCGAGAACUCGAUCCUCGCACCAGAAGUCACCGCAGGUCUUCCUACUUUUGGCGCACGAAUGCCGCGCUCUAUCAUCGCGUUAUCCCUUUUGCGAUUGUGUGGUCGUCCACUCGCUGCACCUUCCGCAAACGCGUCUACACGACCUUCGCCCACCGCUGCGGAACAUGUAUACGAUGACCUGAACGGCAAAUUGAACCUAAUAAUCGAUGGCGGACCAUGUGAAGUAGGUGUGGAAAGUACAGUCAUAGACGGAUUGUCAAGUCCACCUGCAAUACUACGACCAGGUGGUGUGACGGUAGAGCAGUUGCGACAGUGCCCAGGGUGGGAGAACGUAGUCGUUGGGUACAAAGACAAACAAGCGGAAGACUCAAGCAAACCGCGCGCGCCUGGGAUGAAGUACAGACACUACAGCCCGAAAGCAUCAGUGCUCUUGUUUGAGGCAGGCGCAAGUCAACCCACAUCUGAUGAGUUGAAGAGGAAGAGACGUAUUGGCAUCAUUCGGACAAAGAACUGGGACAACGUACUUGGUAUGGGUGCCGAGAAAGUGAAGACAUCGGACGCAAACGGACCCGUACUUUGCGCUUCACCGGAUUCAGCAGCUUCUCUGAACGCCAACGACUCACCGUCGCGCCUCUCAAACCUCCUACGAUCCGUCGUUCAACACCAAAUACCGCAUGCGGAUCACUAUGUCGUGAAGCCCGAAGCAGUCCAAGUUUGGGAGAUCAAUCUCGGCGCAGAGACAGAAGAUGUUGCGAGAGGUCUGUUCUCAGCACUGAGAGAGCUCGACAAGAAAGGAGUUGAGAUGAUCUAUGUUGAAGGCAUCGACGACAAGACAGGAGACAAUAUUGCGGCCGCAGUCAUGAACCGGCUUAGAAAGGCUGCUGAGAUCAGAACGUGA